AUGGCAAACCAAGAAAACCUCCCACUUUACGACAAAAUUUGGAUCAAACGAAAAUUUCAAAGAGCGAUAGACAUCUUGAUUUUACUCCUCUUAUUCUCUCUUCUAUCUUUUCGUCUUUUCUCCAUCAUCAACAACACCUUCACAAUUCCAUGGUUACUUGCUUUCUCAUGCGAAUCUUGGUUCACUUUCACUUGGAUUGUUAUUCUCAACGCCAAAUGGUGUCCUGCUGUCACCAAAACUCACCCGAAUCGUCUCCUUCAACAUAGAGUACAAGAGCUUCCACGUGUAGACUUGUUUGUGACAACAGCAGAUCAUGUUCUAGAACCACCCAUAAUAACAUUCAACACUGUGUUGUCUCUUUUGGCACUUGAUUAUCCAGCUAAUAAACUAGCUUGUUAUGUUUCUGAUGAUGCGUGUUCAGUUUUUACCUUCUAUGGUCUUGUUGAAGCUGCAAAAUUUGCCAAGUUUUGGGUACCUUUUUGUAAAAAGUAUAAUAUUCAAGUUAGAGCACCUUUUAGAUAUUUUUCUCAAGUUACCAAAAGUGAAGAAGGUUCAUCGGAAUUCAAACAAGAAUGGUUACAAAUGAAAGAUAUGUAUGACAAUCUUAGCCGAAGAGUUGAAGAUGUGACGCGAAAUUCGUUGUCAUUAAAAUUUGAGGGGGAGUUUGCAGUGUUCUUGAAUACUGAAAAAAGAAAUCAUCCAAGUAUAGUUAAGGUUAUAUCGGAGAAUAAGGAUGAUCUUCCUGAUGGACUGCCUCACUUAAUCUAUGUAUCGAGAGAGAAGAAGCCAAAUUAUGAACACAAUUACAAAGCCGGAGCUAUGAAUGUGUUGACAAGAGUCUCUGGGUUGAUGACGAAUGCGCCCUUUAUGUUGAAUGUAGACUGUGACAUGGUUGUUAGCAAUCCCAAGAUUAUUCAACAUGCUGUGUGCAUUUUGAUGGAUUCUAAGAAGGGAAAAGAUGUUGCUUUUGUUCAAUGUUUCCAACAAUUUUAUGAUGGAAUAAAAGAUGACCCUUUUGGAAAUCAAUGGGUGGCUGCAUUUGAGUACAUAAUAAGGGGCAUGGGAGGACUUCAAGGACCUUACUAUGGAGGAACAAACACCUUCCAUAGAAGAAAUGCUAUUUAUGGUCUUGAUCCUCAUGAAAAUCAUUAUGGAAAAAAAGGAAAAUUAUCAGAAAAGGCAUCGAUAAAGCAAUUUGGUAGUUCAAAUGAGUUUGUCAAAUCAGUAACACAUGCUUUUGAAGGGAGUGAUUAUUCUACCAGUAAUGGUAUAAGUCCUUCCAGUUUUAUUGAUUCCGCAAUCCAAGUAUCUGAUUGCGAAUACGAAAAUGGCACUUCUUGGGGUAAUCAGAUGGGCUGGUUAUAUGGAUCAAUAUCAGAGGAUGUACCAACCGGGCUGAAUAUGCAUCGAAAAGGUUGGAGAUCAGAGUGUUGUACGCCAGAUCAAACUGCAUUCACAGGCUGCGCUCCCGGAGGUUUACUCACUACGAUGGUCCAACAAAAGAGAUGGGCUUCAGGCCUCACUGUUGUCUUCUUUGGCAAGCAUUCUCCUGUUAUGGGCAUCCUCUUUGGGAUUCGGGCUAUGGAUUCCUUUGACUCUUUUUGUGAUCUACACUAUACAUACAUUACAAGAGUAUCAAUCAAAAGGGCUAUCAUUAAGAAGGAAACACCGGGUUCUAUUGCUUCCGGAGACAAUGCAGAUGCUGGUAGGUUCACAUUUGAUGAGUCCCCGGCUUUUAUGGUUGGCACAACCGUUUUGCUGGUGCAAUUGACAGCCCUUGUUGUUAAAAUUGUGGGGUUAGAUUUAGAAGCUAGUAGUGGAAAUGGGUGUGGACUAGGUGAGUUGAUGGGUAGUGUGUAUCUAGUAGUAUGUUACUGGCCAUUUCUGAAAGGCUUGUUUGCUAGAGGUAAAUAUGGGAUUCCAUUAUCUACCAUUUUCAAGUCAGCACUGCUUUCACUUAUUUUUGUGCACUUUAGUAGAAUUGGUGUUAUAAGUUGA